CGCCAACAAGAGAAGCCAUAUCGAUUUGUGGAGAUGGAAGCUUCCUUAUCUAUUAUUUGCCGUGAAUUUGUGUCGUUUUAAAAUCAUUUAUGAACCAAUUCCUGCUUUAAAGAAGUCUCCGUCAAUGGCAAGCAUUUAUUUGCCUCCGAUUGCCCGCAAGAAGAAGGUAGACGGCUGCCCGCGGUAGGUUUUGACUCUUAAAUAUUUAAUUUAAUCAUGACCAAUCUAUGGAUUCGCAAGACAAACAAAAAUGUUUGUGGUCAGAUAGACAGUUAUUCUUCUCUAAUUAAAGUGUGUUUCAAGUCAAAUAUAAAGGUAACCACAGAAUCGUACUGAAAACGCACUGAAAACUGUACAACAAUUCAGAACAAAUGCGUUUUCACACGUAGGCUUCGAUGAAACAUAGUUAAGCUUUAACUUCUGAUUUUGGUUUUCUGAAAGAGAGUUUAAUUUAGGAUAGUAGCUGUGUGUUGAAUGCACAGCAUGAUUAAUAGUCAAGUGUAUGGAUGGCUAAAAUUCACUGACCAAUGAAUUUGUUUCAGGUCUAGUGAAGGUUCUUGGUUGAACUUGUUUUCUCUAAAUAACGGGUACUUAUAGAUACAAAUCAGCAGUGCAGUGACUGAAGUGACUUAUCAGAGAACUUGAUGAUUCAUUUAAAUGUAUCCCCUGAUCAUAAAAUUCCAUUUCAUAUUUUCAGGCAUGACACCUUCAGAGUUUUUGCUGAUCUUCAAGAUGACAGUCCAUUGUCGAGUAAAACAAGUUAUGAUUCACAUUAUAUAGGACACACAUUUAAACCAGCUCAGCAAAGUGUUAUGUCUGGACAGAACAAACCCCACCCUACUAAUGUGACAUUUCUGCGUCAGAAUCCACGAUUUAUUUGUGAGCCAAUCUGCUAUGUAAAAACGUCUAUGAAACCUCCAGUUAUUUACCCAUCCUGGUGGCCUGAUGAAGUGCCAGAGCAACAAACUAAGGUACCUGAACGCAGCUCUGAUUCAACGUCACGCACAGAUUACCCUCCUCCACCUAUUCCUCAUGAUCAAAUCACACGAUAUAGCAGUAAUCUAGCUAUGCAAGUAACACCAGCUGGGAUUUUUCAUCAGGGACCUCAUAAGUCAGGUGUGCAUACACCAAAGAUAGUGGAGAAGAUCUCUUACGAACAUCAGUUUAAUUCGAGGUUGGACCCCAGUCACCCUGUAAGAGGUCGCCGACAUGGGAGCUUUAUAUGGAAAGUGAUCUCUGAUGUUGGACGACCAGGCAGAAAAAACAGCAAACCUGUUGAAUAUGCAUAUAUUAAGGUUGACCCUAGUGAAAGUACAGUAACAUCUGAAGUUACCUGUGCUGAAAAUGCUGAUCAGCAAAGACAAACAAAGGACUUAAUGCCUGAAUCUGAGGAAACACAGUCAACUUCAAAUGAGGGUUGAUCUCUUGACAAAUGUAUGAUAUACGUGCUAUUGUCAAAGUAUGAAAUACAUUUGGCAAUAAUAAUAUUAUUUUUUUUGGAAUUUUUACAAAUUUGCACAGUUGAUGUUU